GCCAAAUGAUAAGUGUUUAUCCAACUCAGUGCUGGUGUAUAGCAAUCAGGCAGCACAUGAAGAAUUAUGUCAUGCUCAUGCUGUGAUGACCCUCAAAGUGGUUCCUUUUGCUCUCCACUGCAGUUCCCUGCUAUCUAGGACCAAACAAACCUGAAGAUUCCACUUGUGGGGUCAAAGGGACCGCUGUUCCAGAGAAUGCAUCAUCACUUGCCUUUCUCCAAAUUCGAUCAGCGCAGUUAUAUCCAAGUGGAUUGCAUAUAGCAAUUAGAUUACAAUUUGUUGAUCACAGAACAAACACAUCUGAGUAUCUGAGGGAGAAUAAGACAAACAGGUUAAACUCCCCCAAACAUUUGGAGGACCUCUGGGGACAAGAUCUCUGCUGAGCCCCAUUAUGAUAACUGGCCUCUGUUCGCAACCAUAAGAAGACUGCUGGAGGUAUUGCAUAAGAUGGCAGAGUGUAUCAUGGAGAUGGAACUUCCAAGGCUGAUGAAGGAAUCCAUUAGGCCAUGGGUUCUGCCAUAUCUCAGACAUGAGUGCACAGAUUCUUCAAAUAGAGAGGGUGACAAUCGCCAUGGAGAACAACUCAAACCUACAACCUAUGCACUCCCUGAUCUCCACUGCUUGAGCCACAGGCUUAGUAUAUUAGUGGGUAGUAAGGCGCACCCCUUCUACAAGGAGACAGAUGCCAUAUACACACAGAUUGAGCAGCCAAGUGCCAGCAACCCUGGACUUCUUCUAAGAGCGCCCUCAUGUGACCAGUCACUCCUGUCUGCCAUUGGCAUUAGAAAAGGCCAAGGAAAAUGGCCCAGCUCCGGUCCAAGAUACCCCAUUUAAUUGGAACCCUUCAGAGGACACCCAUCACAGUCAAACAGAAGGCUACACAACUCAAAGGCUGGACAACUACUGUAUGGUAUGACAUACAGCAUAAUCAGCAAAUUUGCUAUGACCAACAGCUGAAGGAAAUUAAUUUUUUUUGAAACUGUUGCUACCUUAUCAAAAUUCUUCCUUUUUUCAAUCAGUGUAACAUUUCUCUUCAUAUGUCUCUACAUGUAGCAAAAUAUUUUGGAGAAAUUACAAUGGAAGCUAAGGACUAUUCUUGGAUUCAAGAAAAGUACUGUGAAUCUCCUCUAACAGCUGAAGGUAUUUCUGAGACAAAUGAAAUUGAUUGUUGUGAGCUUGGAGCCAAAUGGAGACUAUGCAAAAAUAAAUUGAGCAAGGAAAAUACUAUGUCUUCAGAAACACAUUUCUCAGUUUUUCAGACUGAAGAUACUAUUUCUGACCAAAUGCUAAAUUUUUCUUUAAAUGGAAUAACAUGUGAAAACAAAUUUGGUGAUGCACAGGUUGUUGAAUCAGAUACCACUGCCAAUGCACAUGAAAGUUUGUUCAUGGAAAAAUAUAAUGGGGAUGACGCAUUACUCCCAAUCCCAAGCCAGAGCUGGAGUUACUUUGAGUCUUUCAUAAAUGAAAACAAAGAUGAAUUUUUAGACCUUUGUGCAACAAGUGACUUUUCAGCUAACUUAAUUAGUGAAGAAGACAGUGACAGCUUUUUGUUUGAUGAUGAAUCAACACUAAGUAAUGAUGUAUGUUCACUGAAGAUAAAGUAUGAAUCUUUUCAAGACAAUAUAAGAGAGAAAACUAAUGCUUUUCAAGAUGAUGCUCAAGUGCAUGUUUUUCCCAACAUGCAAUGUAAUGGAACCAAAAAAGAUGACAAAAGUCCCAUAAAAACUAAUUCUUCUGUUCAAGAAAAGCAAGGGGAACAUGACAGUCUAGAGCACUGCACCUUGUAUGAAUUAGAAAAUAACAAAUGUGUUCUCUCUGGUGUUUUUAUGGACAGUUGGAAAGACCGUGAGAAUCCAGUAGAUUCAGUCUGUUUAUCUUCAAUUCUAAAUGAAGAUAGAGAAAAUUGGGAGCUAUUAAGGAAAAGUACGAAAAGAUAUUCAAAUCAAACCAAUUAUACCUUGAGGGCAAAACGGCAGAUACGGUACAGCGAUGAUUAUUUGUAUGAUAUUGAUUCUUUAGAGACCAUGAAAUCUUUGGGCAAAAAGGAUCAUCUGGUAGAUGCUCCACAGGAAGAUGAUGAUGACUGGUACCCUCAAAAAAGGAAAAAACCUGGGAAAAAGGAACCACCUGUUAUUAUCAAAUAUAUCAUUGUUAAUCGGUUUAAGGGCCACAAAAACAUGCAUGUAAAAAUCUGUAGAUUAGAUUGCACAGAGAGACAAGUAUUACUGACUGAUGAAAUGGUAAAAAAAUAUAAAAAGCUUUCACCACUCAAGGAAUUUUGGUCUCCAAUUCCUAAUAAUUGUAAUGUGUGUCAUAACCAAGAAAAACUUGAUAAAAAACUGAAAGUCUGUUCUGGUGCUGGAAUGUCUUAUAUGUUCUUUUCUUCUAAAAAUAAAAAACAAACACUUGCCAAUGGGAUGUCAUCAAUUAAAAUAGGAUGCACUUUGAGUCACCAAAAAGACAAUGUCAUUGAAACAGAUGCUACAAAUACAGAAGUACCCAAGAAAGUACAAAAAUAUGAUAAGUCAGUUUAUGAAUUUACAGAUGAAAUAGAACUAAAGCGCAUCACCAUUCGGACUGUGAGUAAGACCAAUCAGUUAAGAGUCAUGCAUGAAGACUCUUCCUUAGAAAAGCUACAGAAGAAACACAACAUACCUUCAAAGAAAAGAAGAGCAAAUGGUCUGGUUGGUAAAAAUACCUGUGACAGAAAUUCUUUACAAAUUGCAAAUGAAAAGUCUCAAGUUCCAAAUGUAGACAUGCCCAAAAUUCCAGGUCAGUUGAAUUCUGCUUCUUCUUUACUUCACUUUAACAAUACUAGCUUACAUUCCCCAGCAUUCAGUGAUAAAUUAGAAGCUCAUAAUGGUUUACUUUCUCCAGUUCUAGCUACAAGUUUCCCAGACUAUUCUGCUUCUAAUACACGCCUGGCUCCAGAAGUCCUUGGAGAAUAUUUCCGAUCUCUGCUGCAUGGGGAAGAUUCCUCAGUUAAUGAAAACAUCCAAGAUUGCUCUCAACCUCCCAAUGCCAAAGGGCAGAACAAUGAAGGUGUAACAGAAAAUACAUAUUUUCCUUCAUUACAAAAACAAACUGAUGAAGCCUCCACAGGGAGCAACUAUAGUGAAUCAAAUACGCUUUAUUUGGCAGAAAAGCCAAACAUCCAGGAAGCUUGGGAUGUAGACACAGUGCAGAAUGUACAUCCACAGAGUGUAAUGGGAAAAGAUCAAAUUUCUUUGUGCACAGUUAACUCUCAGAAUGAGAGGCUGCAGUUUGGAGUUGAGAAUAGAACAAUUGUAAACAGUAACAUAAAUCAAUAUGGCUUGAAGAUGUCCAGUAAUCAAAAUGAAAUAAAUUCCAACUUCAGUCAAAAGGCAUCAAAAGAAGAAACAAAGCAACUGGUUCCUUCAAAAGACUCUCCAUGCAUUUUAGACAUUUCAAACUUUACACCAGCAAAAGUAAAGCAAGGUUCUUUUAAAUUUUCACAGGAAUAUACACCAAAAAUAGUCUCCACAACAGAAAAAUCUGAUAUUAAAUCUUUGGAGCAGUGCAACCAAACUCACCUUCCCAGUAAGACUACAUCACCAAAUUUGUAUAUAUAUCAAUGUCAGAUAUGUAGUGAACUAUCCCAUACAGAUAUCCACACUUACUACACCAAUAGUGACCCAACAUGUGUUUCCCUUUCACAACCUGUACAAUCUUCCAUUCAUCCACAAGCUUCUGAUAAUGUAAAUUCAAGUAAUUACAAUUAUUCAAAAAUUAAUAAAGCAAUAAAUUCCACAAGAAAAAGAUUUACAAAAUCAAAUGAAGGCUUUUGGGAGAAAACUGCUGUUCAGAAGAAGCAGAAAUGCAAUGAUGAGGUGAAAACCAUUAAAAUUGAGAGUUUUGAAAAGGACAGUGUAUCACCAGAGGAUUAUAAAGCCAUUUUAGUUCAAGGGAACUCUUCGGAUACAUUAUAUGCAAAUCAACUCUGCCAACAUGAAAAAAAAUAUAAAUCUGUAAAGGGAUUUACUAAUAAUGAUUCAGAAGUUUGUACAGAGCUUGUGCAGAAGGAGCUGAUGAAUUCAAAAACUAAACUUGCUAUAAAAGAACCAAAACUACAUCAAAAAGGUAAAUACUCAAUGGCGUCUGAAGAGUCCUAUGAUGGUGUAUCUCACAACAUUACUAGAGAAAGCAGACUGUUAAAUGGUGGUCAGAGAGAGUUUGAAGAACCUGGUAAUAUACUUUCCAACAUUGUUUCUGGAAUGGCAGCAGUUAAUCAGUUUAUGAUGGCUUCAGUGGAACCAGUCAUGAAUCAAAUGGCAGCAGUUAAUCAGCCUUUGGAAGUGCAAAAUCAUUCCAAAUGGAAACCAAAGCCAAUGCACAUAUUGCACAUUGGUACAAAAGAUCCGAAAAGGAAAUGUCCAGUGAGAAACUUAAUAUGUGAGGCCCACAUCCCACUGUUCAGCAGCGUAGUGGAGUUUUGACAGUGGCCUUUAACAGCAAGAACAUGCCCUAAAAUAAGGUAACUUUGUAACCCUUUUUAAAAAAGAAAAUUUGCUUUGUUCAUUCAGAAUUUAAUUUAUCUGAUCAUAAUUUGUCAAAUCUAAGUUUAAAGUAUUAACAGUUUAAACAUUGCAUUAUAAGGUAAUGUUUCUAUUAAAGGCUACUCAAGUUAUUUGGUGCUGCACAUAAUCAGGGAAUCUUUGAAACAUUUAUCAAUCUAAGCACAAUUUUAAUGGUCCAUCUUAGCAUGUGCCUUAUCCUGUAUUCCAGCAGUAGUGUUUUGAAAUAUUUUGUAAAUUUCUGCACGUACACAGCUGAAAGGUAAGAAUUUAAAAUGACUACACUUUCAAUAAAGUUAGAGAUCAGUACAAUCUUCUUCCGUCCUCCAAAAAAAUGUUGUCUUCUAGGUCAAUGUUUUAUUGCCUUAUUAAUCUAUUUUAACUAACUUUUGCAAGCAAUUUUGGACUGAUAACACUUCUCAGACUUUAUUAUUAGCUUGGUUUAUCUUCUUUACUGUUUAGUUCUGUCCAACCAGAUUAUACCACCUGUUUUCUUAUGCAGUUUUAUCACCUCAAAGAUCAGUAGUAAUAAAUUCUGUCCUGUUUAAAGGGUAUGCCAUUCUCACAGAUCUAUAUAUUUCCUAUCCAACAAAGCAAAAAUACAUUCAGGAAACUGGUGUAUUUUGGACAGGUUAUCUAAUGCUAAUUUGCUCUUCAAUCCUUCCAUCAACUCAGUCAUUCUUGUUACUUUCUUCUGUAUCCUUUCAAUAGAAGCAAUUUUUUUGUCCAGAAUUAUGCAAUGUUCGAAUGCCAGUUGCACCAAUGAUUUAUAAACCAGCAGGAUAACAUCACUAUGUCAGCAUAAUGCUAUCAUUUUAAUACAAUCCAGAUUUGAUUGUUUUGCUCACUACCACAAUAUUUUGUUCUGUCAACUUCAACUUAUUGUCAGUCAGAAGUUCCAAAUUAUCAUUUUCUAUCCAUAUUAUUUUAUUUGCCUUUAAUUGUCACUUUGUGCUUUUCUCCCAAGUCUUUCAUUUUGCAAUUUUUGCAUUGAAUUUUAUCUGUCUCCUGUCUGCCCAAUUUCCAAGUAUUUUUAAAUCUUUCAGUAACUUUGCAUGCUUAGCAUAACUGAACAACACAAACAGAACAUCACUUUCAGUUCUGUGACUGGAGUGGUUUUGAAGAAAUAAUACUUAAAAAUUUGGGGUUCUGCUGAAAUAUUGUAUACCAUUUGAAUUUUCUUUGUGGUAACUUUUUUGACAAAUGUAAAAUUUAUUAUGGACAAAAAUACUCCUUUCAUUUGAUAUUAACUCGAGACUUUGGAUUUGCCACCAAGUAAAUUUCUGUACCAAGACUCAUUUACUUGAUUCCUUGAAAAUGAAUCUUCAGAUUAAUUAUCAUUCACUUGCUGUAUCUAUUUGGACUUCUCAAGCUCACCUUAUUGAGAGAAAACUUUGGAAUGGUGAAGAAAAUAAUUUGUUAUAUAUGUGUUGUAAAGUUCAAAGCUUUACAUAAUUUUACCUAAACCUAAAAUGUAUUACCAAAGAGACUAAAUAAAUGAACACAAGCAGGAAAAACUCAAAUAUUACUUGACACACGUAUAUAUAAAAAGGGAAUCUAAACUUCAUUGUCACUUUCAUUGGUACUAGUCCAUCAUUCACAUAUUCUCUUGCAUUAGUAAAGUUAUGGAGGUCUUUGUUGAUUGUAACAUUGAUACUUAAUUUCAUUUAGUAUAUAUUCUGAUAUCUUCAGCAAUGUUUGGAUAACUGGGAUUCCUAAUUAUGUCCUGUGCAUGUAAGCAAAUGUGUGGUCUAUGUAUUAAAAACAGUUUCCACAUAGAACACAUCACCCAAAUUUCUGAGUACCGAACAGUGGAGUGCUUUUGUGUUUCAUUUGGCAGAAUUUUUAAAAAGACAUUUAAAACAAUGAAACCAAAUCAGUAGCAAGCGCACAGAAAAAUAAUGUAAAUUUUACCCAGAAUUAAACUGAUUUGAAGUGUUAGUUUGAAUCCGUUAGUGGUGACAUUCUUGAUACUGAGAGAAAAGUUAUACAGUAGGCCCAAGUCUUGUUCCAUAGAUAACCAGACAAUGUAGGUGACUGUUUCAGUGUGGUGCUACAUUGUCUUCUGAAUGUUACAGUAAAUCAAGAUUAUGUUUACUCAGGUGGAUGAAAAAGCUCCCAAGACACUCCCAAGAAUGUGGGAGUUCUGAAUCUGCAUUUUCUUCUUUUAGCAAUACAAUCUAAAAGAAAAUAAUUGCCUAAUCAUUUAUUCUCUUGCUGUUUUUGUGCAAAUUAGCUGGAGGGUUUGCACGCCUCGUUUUAACUGCACUUCAAAAAUUGGUUAUAAAUGACCUUGGUAGGUCCUGAGGCUGUGGCAUACCAUUAUAUAAUUGUAAAUUGUUUGUAACACUGAUUAGAUUCUUUUCUGUAAAGAAUGCCUUUAAAUCUGUUGUACAUCUUCAUUAAGGACAUUGAACAUGUAUUUUUCCAAAGCCAAUAUAUUUAAAAUUAUAUGAUUUCAGGUCAACUGUAUUUUCUUAUGACUAUUAAUGUGCCUUUUUUGCAUAUUAUGUUAGUUACAUUUUUUAAGGAUACGAACUGAUAACCAUUUCACCUUAUAAAAAACAUUUCAAUAUUUUAUUUUAGUUGGAAUUGUAAAUUUACUACAGACACUAACUUCUCCAGAGGUUGCAGGACCAUUCAUCUUUUGUUUUCUUUUAAACAAUUAACAAUUACAGCAAAAGUACAAAUACUAAUGGACAAUAACAUUUUAUUUUAAUGUAUAUUUUGACUGAAAAUGGUAACAUGAGUAGACCAGCUUAGUUUAGUCAGAGAUUUGCAAACAGAAAAUGCUGGAAAUACAUAGCAGCUCUGGCAUCAGAAAAUCAGUUAAUUAUAAUGAGGAAGUUCACAAACCUGAAAUGUUAAAGUUUUCUCUCUCCACAGAGAAUGACAGGCAUGCUGAUUCUAUCCAGCAUUUUCUGUUUCUUUUCAGAUUUCCAGCAUCCAUAAUAUUAUGUUUUUGUAUAAAUUAUUUUGAUAGCCUCAAGUUUUGGCACUUCUAGGCCUUUUAAGCCUAAUUUAUUUCUGUAUUUUAAAUCAAACUACUGACCAAGAGAGAUGCAUUUUCUGUAUACUUUUAUAGGCACUUUUGUACUCCAUCGAAUCUAUCUACGCACAUCUGUUUUUUGGGGGGGGAUUCUAACAAGUAUCAACAUUAUCAUCAUACUGCUAAUAGACUAAUCUGUUAAAUCUGCUUUUUCUGGUUGGUUAAUAAAGUGCAUCCAUUCAUAAGUAAAUCAUAGAAUCCAUAUUAUAUAUUUCAAUUAAAAGAUGUAAUCUUUGCAAAAAUUGUUUCAGACAUAUUAACAUGGCCUUCAAACGAUGUGAUACUGUGAAAUUUGCAUUGUGCAGGUUUUUGAAUAUAAAAGCAUUUUGCUUUCAGACUUGUGAGCUGCCUCUUCUACUCAGGGUUGUAUUUUGUUUAGAAGGCUGAACAACUUCUGAAUUGAACAUAGGUACUGGGGUACAGAAGCCACAUUCCAUAUUUUAUCCUUAACUGUGCUUGCACUGCUGAGAAAGGACACUGGCAGUUUAACCUUGCAUAGUGAUUUUGUCCUUUAUUCAUAGUUUAUAAUCAGUUUUAAUGUUAUUUGACACGUAGCAUGACUGUUAAUUUUUUUAUAAAUUCUACUUUAUUUGUUACAUGAUUUGUUUUGAUUAUUAAAGCCUUAUCAAAUAAAGUAUGGCUUGU